CGCAGCGCCGCGGCUCGGGGGCCCGGGCCGGGCCAGCUGCGCACCCGCAGGCGGAGCCGCCCGGCCGGAGGGCGAGACGCUGCGGCCGCGGGGAUGACCAGACAGCAAGUGUGAAAAAUCAGGACGGGGUGGAAAAGGUAUUUUAUUGUAAAGCCACUGUGGAAUCCUCAUCUUUCAGACUUUCUGUGGUGGAGUCUGUUGAGCCAAAAUUGUAUCACACUUAUCUGUUCUGGGACUUGUCAUCUCUGUCUGACGGAUACAUUUUGGAUUAAGACAAUAAUAAGCUUGUAACAAGCGGUGCAAUGUCAGCUGUGGAACAGCAACAGGCAGAACCUUCUCCAUCAUCUAAUUCAUCCAAUUCCUUUGAAGUAGUGGAGGCAGAUACUGCAAAUAAGUAUGAGGCAGUUGUUCCUCACUGGUUUUACUGCAAGGUAAUAGAUUCUAGAGAGAGGUGGAUCCCUUUCAGCCGACAAGACUCGGAGAAGUUAGAAGAAGCCCACAACUCAAGGAAAGAUGAUGAACAGCUGGUAGUUCCAACGGAAGGGGGCAGGUAUGAUGUGCAUUUGAAGAAGAGGUUGUGCUGUGCCAUGUAUUGGGAGGAAGAGGUGUCUGAAGUGAGACGCUGCACCUGGUUUUAUAAGGGAGACAAGGACAACAAGUAUAUUCCCUACUCGGAGAGCUUCAGUGAAGAGUUGGAGGAAACAUACAUGAUUGCCAUAACGCUGGACGAGUGGAAAAAGAAACUUGAGUCGCCUACUAGAGAAAUCAUUAUAUUGCAUAACCCAAAGCUGAUGGUGCACUACCAUCCAGUGACGACCUCUGAUGACUGGGGCUCAACCCCUACGGAACAAGGUCGACCACGAACCGUUAAGAGAGGAGUGGAGAACAUCUCAGCUGACAUCCCCUGUGGGGAACCUCUGCAAAUAGAUCACUUGGUUUUUGUAGUUCAUGGAAUUGGGCCAGCAUGUGAUAUCCGGUUCCGGUCCAUCAUCCAGUGUGUAAACGACUUCCGUAACGUUUCCUUGAGCAUGCUGCAAGCACACUUCAAGAAAGCUCAGGAGGAGCAACAAAUUGGCCGGGUAGAGUUCUUGCCUGUGAACUGGCACAGCCCUUUGCAUUCCACGGGGGUGGACGUCGAUUUGGAGCGAAUUACCUUGCCGAGCAUCAACCGCCUGCGUCACUUCAUAAAUGACACCAUACUGGAUGUUUUCUUCUACAACAGCUCCACCUACUGCCAGACCAUCGUGGAUACUGUUGCUUCAGAAAUGAACCGCCUGUAUCGGCUCUUCCUGCAGAGGAACCCUGACUUUAAAGGGGGUGUUUCCAUUGCAGGCCAUAGCUUGGGGUCGCUGAUAUUGUUUGAUCUCCUAACAAAUCAGAAGGAUUCCUCUGAGGAUGAAGACGGCACUAAAGAGGUGUCCCAGAUGGCUGCCUAUGAACAGGGAGAUGUUGGGGGAGUGAAAGAAACCCUGAAGAAGCUUGAGCUGUCUGAGUACUGCAGUGUCUUUGAGAAGGAGAGACUGGACAUGCAAGCACUGGCUCUGUGUACAGAGAAGGAUCUUAAAGACAUGGGAAUUCCCUUGGGACCAAGAAUGAAGAUCCUUCAUUAUAUCAGAACCAAAGAGGAAACACAGGAUGCUCAGCAGCAGGCCCAUGUCCCUGCUGGGAAUGACGACAAGAGUGAAGAUGCUCCCAAGCCUGAGUCAGGGUCAUCCCCGCAGCUGGGUUCCAGCAGGAGCAUGAAGGAUGGGAGGAAGCAUCAAUAUUUGGAUGUCGGGCUAGGACAGGUCUCAGCAAAUUACCCUCAGCUAAUCUACAAACCCGAAAUCUUCUUUGCCUUUGGGUCUCCCAUUGGGAUGUUUCUCACUGUCCGAGGUGUGAAAAGGAUUGAUCCAAACUACAGCCUUCCUACCUGCAAAGGCUUCUUCAAUAUCUUCCAUCCUUUUGACCCGGUGGCGUACAGGAUUGAGCCCAUGAUCGUUCCAGACCUGGAGUUUGAGCCCAUGCUGCUCCCCCACCACAAGGGCAGGAAGAGAAUGCAUUUAGAACUGAAAGAAGGCCUGACCCGCAUGGGUAUGGAUCUCAAGAACAACCUCCUGGGGUCACUGAGGAUAGCCUGGCAGUCUUUCACCAGAUCCCCACUGCUGGCCAUGGAGGCAGCAGCCACUGAAAACGAAGCUGAAACUAGUUUGGAGAAACAGACAGUCCAUUCAGAUAUGAGGCCCGAAGAGCCAGCUGCUACACUGAAGGAAGCCGCCGCCCCUGUUAAUGUGGGAAUGCUAAAUGGAGGGCACCGUAUUGACUACGUGCUGCAAGAGAAGCCUAUAGAGAGUUUUAAUGAAUAUUUAUUUGCACUACAAGGCCAUCUCUGCUACUGGGAGUCGGAAGAUACCGUUCUCUUGAUUCUGAAAGAGAUCUACCAAACACAGGGCGUUACGUUAGAUCAGCCUCUACAGUGAAGUCAGAUGACCAGCUGCACUUCAACAUCCUUUUUUAAAGCAUGGACAUCACGUCUAGAAAGAAUAUCCAGUGAUGGACUCAUCAGUGCCAUGCAGAGAAAAUCAUCUCCCUAGGAAUACACCCCAUGGGGUUAAGAGAAUGAAUCUGGGAUCACUCUGCCCAAUUGCUCACUCUUUCCUCAGCCUCUAGCACUUCAUUAUUUACUCAAGAUGAUUAAGUGAACUUAGUACUGGAGACAGAAACCCUGUGUUGCUAUGAAACAAGCAGGCCCCUGCUUAUAGGCCUGUGUUAGAACCCUGACUAAAGUGCCAGAGUCUGGCACCGCUAAUGGCAUUUGGGGCGGUGGCAACUUUGUGAUGUGAUUCGUGUGCAUUAGGAAAUGGCCUGAGAUGUGCUACUGGCUUAUGUGGGAGUGGUCUCGCCUACAUGGGAAAUCCCCUCAUCCGUUCAGGCUUAAAUGCUGCAUAAACCCUGCUUCCUUGUAAGCUGUAUGCCCUUUCCUGUUGCUUCCCUAGAUGAUGCACACCAAGUGACUACUCGCCUGGAAAGCCCAGCUUUUCCUCUGCCUUCCUAUCCUGCAUGCUGCUUCCCACGAACCUGCUGCUGCCUGGAGCACUAGGAGAUUUCUCAUUUGGGGGGGAAAAAAUCAACGCAAAACACUCUUCUCCUAAGAUACCCACUCUGGACUUGGCCCUGUGCCCAUUGUGACACCCUCGGGAUCGUUCACUCCAACACCAUUCAUCUGCCUAAUCGGACUGCCUCGUAAGUUGCAAUACAAGCUGUUCCAAGUAUAAAUACAGGAGAGAUGGUUGGGAUCUGGUGCUGGAGAUUUCAGGGCCUCGUAUUGACUCCUGGUUAGUGAGUAAAUGUGUUGCUUGUGAAAAACGCCUUUAAUACCCUGGGCACAUGCCAUGCUACAGCACUAGAACAUCAGUAGCUUGGCCGAGUGAGCAAAGAGGGGAAUGAAGUGUGCUCUGUCUGGGCCUUCUGAGAUGCCAUGAGCUCUAGAGAGGCACAGCAGACCAACCCUUUGUGGAAGUGCAGACAGCUGUUAAGUGUUUGGUUUUCUUACACGCCUUCUCGCAUGACUGUCUCUCUAUUCUGCACGCCCAGGGUGGGUAGCAUGUUAUGUGUACCUCCUCCAGUCUGCUCAACUGCCUGCUUCUUUAAAAAAAAAAAAAAUGGCAUGUUAGUAAUAGUAUGACAGCCUCCUCUGCCCAGGUAUGGUAUGCUACAGCUUUGCUUUAAGUGGCCAGCUCCCCUAAGACACCUGAACUGACUCAUGCCUGUAGAAUUAUGUUGCAGUGGGCAGCCAAAGCCUUCAUAAGGCUUGCAUGUUUCCCUUGGUGUCCACCCACAGCAUAGUCUCACUGUAUUAGAGGAAAAGGUGUUUGUUCUGGAAGCAGGUGGGAAUUGGUCUAAGCUCCUUGCUUUACACCAGCUGAUAUCAUGACAGGUGUUUGCACCAGAUCAUGAAGAUGUCUGGUUGCUACUUAUUUACUAUUAACAGAACUAGCCCAAGGCUUAGGAAUAAACUCAAGUAUGCCUUCAUAGCAGAGUUCAGGCUGCCUAGCCCAUUGCAGGAUGUUUCUAACAGAUCCAGAGCCCUGGGCUACUUGAGGCUGGCAUAUCAAUGAAGGGAUGAAGCCUGAACCACCCUGGAUUCUAGCUCUAAUUCCAUUCUCCUUUCACAGGCCAAACCCCUCUGCAAUAGGAGUGGGAUCUGUUCAAGGAAGAGGGGCUUAAGCCCUCUAACUGUAGUAGGGGGAUGAGGACAGACCAACUUCAUGUCCAGUUCCUUAGCAAAGCAUUCAAUCGGGAUUCAGUCAAGACCUCAUUAGGUGAAAAAAUAGCUGCACUUGAGCAUGGAUGAAUAGCUGUGGUGGUAGAGGCUGUCAGGGCAAUUCACACCACACCCAUUCCACAGGGCUGAGUUCAGAGUGGCUACCAACCUCUACUGUGUUCACAGAAUGUGGAUGACCCUGCUGGUGAAACCAUAGCAACCUUUUGUACACAGCCAAGGCUUAUGCUGUAGUAACCAGGAGCUGCUGAAUGAUUGCUGUUAGAAGUACUGUAAAGGUAACUUAUGGGGCAGAGAUACUAAAAUGAUCAAUCCCUUGUAACCAAAGAUGUACAGGGUAAACAGACUAAACUAACCCCUUAGCAUGUGGAUUCCCUUGAGAAAAAUGCUGGAGGGUGUGAUAGUGUCUCUGGGCUGGGGUCUGGAAGUGGCCACUACCAUGUUCCCCCUCCUGCUGACUUUGCUCUGUACAGUGCAAUGAGCUUGUUUGUUUUCUUCUGUGUAUUAUUUGCACUAUUUAAAUGCAUUUUGUAUUCCCCUACCCCGCCCCCUCCAAAAGAACUAAGAGAAGCUGUAUUCACACCUGACUGUGGGCAGUGAUGUUUUGCGCAGCUAAGCUCCUGGAUUCCUAUUGCAUCUCCUGGAGGUAUACAAGAAGGAACUGUUUAUAACAGGACAUACAGUCAUGACCAACUCUUCAAGUUAUGCACUUUGUGUAAAAAAAAAAAAAAAAAAAAAGUAAAUGCAUUUAAAAUUGUUAUUUAAUGUCUUUUUCCAGUCAAUACAGAAGGAAAUCUA